AUGGCGCAAGCUAUCCAGCUUCUGGAUGAACGUAUCAUGGCGUAUCGUGCCUGGCGCAUGAAGAGCCAAAACCAUCAUCGACUCGAGCGCGCGUUCUGGUCACUCUUCUCCUUGGAUUCAUCGGUGCUCGAUUUGGACCGACUUGUCGUCUUUUGCGCAGGAACGCGCGCGAAGUACAUGUUCGGCAGAAGACAAACAUUGGAACACUUUCAAAGCUUGCCAGCUUCUACAACCGCAGUUCAAGUCUGCGACAAAUGCGACGAGGCCAAAGUUUGGGCAAAUGUGGUCGGCGGGGAUGAUGCAGGUCAACGGGCUCCAGAAGACGUUUCAAGAACGCCGUGGAAAACGCCAGACUUUGGCAUAACCUAUCGCUAUCGCCAGCAUUCUCAGGAAUCACUUUUACAGUUGCACUCCACCGUUGGAAGUGGGAAGCCGAUCGUUUGUCCUCAUUAUCCAUCAUCCAGCUUGGGAUCUUCGGAUCGCAGUCCCAAUACCAGCUAUGAAUCUUCGCGCAAUAGCCCUAAUACUUCUCCCCGGGAAAUGGGCCAUUAUCUUGCCAGUUCGCCCGCUGUAUCUCCCCCAAAUCGGAACAAGACACCACUCAAGUCUUGUUUGAAAAAACAGAUAGCAACAAAACCUGAGAAGGUAGAGCCAUAUGACGACACAAUAUUUUACAGACUGGCCAUUACGAGGAUCGAAUCCGAUCAUCCAACAUUUGGGCCAAACAGGCUUAAUCUAGUAGUCAUGAGUCCAGAUUCGCCAGACUCUCCGCACACUCACAAUGGACGGCCCAUUAUUUCGUGGGCUCAGGCCCCCGAACUGCCAAAAGAUCCCCCCCGGAUAUUCCCUCCACGGCACAAAAGAGUUCGCUUUGAUUCGAGAACAUCUUUACCGCAUACCAAGAUUCCAGAAUUGACUUGGCAGCCCACUGCCCGCCUUCCUAAGAUACCCAAGCCUCCUGAGGGGUCUGUAUUACCAUAUAUUGCGACCGUCUCAUAUUCGCAGAACUGGAAUUUUUCUCAAUUCAUUGUUACAACCACAGACCCAAGCGAUCCAGGCGUUUGCUGGCUGCAACAGAAUAACAUGGCUGGCCAGGCAAUUUUGCGUCCCGACAUGCUCAACGUUUGCCACACAAGGCCAAAUAGCGCUAAGAUGAGAGCUGCAAUGGCCUCUCCUUAUCUAACGAAGAGACAAAAGGAUGCGAUUCGUGCAAAUUUGGUCAAGAAGACGGUACAAAGAAUACCACCAUUGAGAACCAAACAGUCAACUCCGGAACAGCCAAUCAGCAAAUCAUACGUAGGAGACAUCAAUCAAGCUUGUGCUUCUACUUUAACCAGAAAGAGCAAUGGAGAGACGGUAUCUACAGCCGCUGCAUUAGCACCUGGGAUUCGGCGAGCGAAGAACUGGCAAAAGUCAAUUGAAGCUUUCGAUAAACUUGAAGAGAUUGCUAGUCCCACUAAGGAACCUGACGAGAGAACUAUCUCUCGUACAACGGGACGAAGCAACAAUCGUCGCCGAAAUAUCCGAUCCUCAAGCAAGCCGUAUCAACUUAGCCAUACCAAGAGAUCUUCCGAUGGUUACAGACUCACGGAGAAAGAGAGAGCUAGCCAGGCUGCUGGGGCUGUUCAUAUUAAUCCCCCAGAGCCAGCACGAAAGAAAAUUGGCCAGCCAAGCCCCAUGGAUGGCCAGAAUAAGGAUACACAUAUCGUUGGCCAAGAGGAGGAUACCCAUAUCGGCGAGCAGAAGGAGUUCACCAACAUGUCAGAGAAUACGGAGAGCAUGGAUACAGCUGUCGGGGGAAAGACGGAAAGUAUGAAUACCGUCGACAUUCCGUUUGCAAGGAGCCCUUCUUCUUUCAAACCAUCGUCCAUAUCGUUACUUUCUCGAACCGUUCGUGAGUCGCGCAUGCGUGCCCCGGUGUUAAAUUCUACUGGUAAGGAUUGUACGUCUGUCAGCUUUGCGCUACCGCCCAUUGAUGAAAAUUGCGCUACGCUUGUCAACAGAACCAGUAGCUCCGUCGGUUCCGGCCAGAGCAAUUGUGGCAGUUCUUCAAAUGCGAGGAACACAUUGGUAUCGUCCGAAAGCCCAGAGCCAAUUUCAUCUUUGGAGGACAACACGACGGAUGAACAUCGACCGCUGGAGAAGGCGGGAAAUGCAGUGUUCACUGUGUCUAAAACCUGUACAAUUUUCGACUCGGGAGAUGACGACUCAAGCAACGAAUGGGAUCCCAGCUGGUUGCUGGAGAAAUCGUCCUGA